ACAACAUCGACAGAACAUCGCUAUGUCUGUAGUCUUUAAUUCAAUUCUCUCCAAAUGUGUGGUAUCUUCUCUCUGCCGAAAUACCUAUGCCUAUACAUAGCUUACCUCAUUCCCUUUCCCACCCGUCUCUCCCACUCUCCGUGGAAUUGGAGGAAAAGGGAGAACUGGAUUCUUUUACGCCCCGCUAACCCCUUAAGUGUAUCAUAUCAUUAAAACUCAAAAGUGUAUUCUUGUAUAUGACGUAGGGGUGGGUGAAAAUCGAUUGCUUUUAUGUCAUUUCAUAUGGCUUAUUUUGCUUGGUUUUCAUGUAAAUUGUGAUACUAGCGUUUGAUAACGAUUUGACGUCCCGCCUCUUUCGAUGUAACCAAACCCCUUAAUUCGGAGAUCAUGCCUCACUGAAAAUCUCUUCAGUGAGUGAGUAUGAGCCUACACUAUCGGCACAUCGCAUGCUUUAGCAGGGUUGCAAAUAAUUUUGAAAUGCAUUGCAGGUUCAGAUGUUAAAUAUAAAAGCAUGGACAACCAAUUCGUUUUGUUUCUCGUGAACUCAGUGAAGGAGUCAGUCAGCCAUUUUGAGCAAUGCCACGAACUUAUUUUACACUCAUCCAUUUUUAGAACUGCUGCCAGAGAAAAAUAUUAGCGCGGGUCAGAAGUGCAGUUCAAAUCUUGCGUGGUAAUUUGGGUCGAUAAAUUUAUCUCUCCCGUCCUUCUCUCUCUGACGGGUCGGAGCGCUCUCUGCUACUAUCAAUGAUCAAAUCGCCUCGCUGUGGAAUCGCGACCUAGGUACCGGGGCGGAGAUGGUUAACACCACUCCACACUACCGGCCGUUCUUCACAGAGGGACAGCAACAAGGGUAGACCGACCCUUUUCCGGGAUAUUUCAGGGAAGGUGUAGAGAUAGGUGUGUGCAGACACUACAAAUUUCCAUCAUGUUGAGGGAUAAAUCUUCCGGAUUUUCGAAGAUAGCGGCGAACUUGUGGGAAGCGAAGCGGUUACUUGAAAAAGACAGAGACCUCAAGGCAAGAACUGAGGAAGUGGAACAACUGAAAGUUUCGCUUGAUGCGGAACGCACACACAAACAGGAGCUUCAAACCCGUCUGGAUGAGAUAGCCAACAGCCGGUCUGACCACAGCAAACAGCUGUGUGUGGAGCAGGAGCGAACGGCCAGACUUCGCACCGACAACAUGAACAAGGCGGGCCAGAUCGAGAAGCUGGAGAGAACCAUCUCCCAGAUGGAGGAUAAGAUCAGAAAUCUGGAAAUCCGAGCCUCUGAGGUGGAGAAGGCGGAGCUGACGUUAGAAUCAACGAGACGGAACUUAGAAACCGCAAAGCUAGAGAGCCGGGCAAAGGACAAGGACUUGGCCAUUGCCAGAGAGAAACACGAGGCUGUGAACAGGGAGCUCGAUGGCCUGGAAAAGAUCCCGCGGCUGCAGGAGGAGAUCCAGGAGAGAGACGUGAAGCUGGCGGGGCUGGAGAAGGAGCUGUCGGAGAGAUCUCUGCUGUUGUUGGCCGCACGGAAAGCUGCUCUCGAAUAUAAGGAGAAACUCCGGGAACUCGAGCGACGAGAACACGACUCCCAGAGUGUCCGCGAGGAGCUGGAGGUGUCCCGGAGUGAGGUGGACACCCUGAAGCAGCUGCUCAGCGGCAAGGACGUGCUGGUCAUGAGGAAGUGCCAAUCUCUACAACAGGCCAAGCACUACGUGGACUCUCUCCGGACCUCCGCUGUGAACAACGACGAGAAAGCACGGCUGCGGGAGAUAGGCCGAGUUCUUGACAAGCUGGUGCAGAUACACUCGCAGACAUCCCGGGAGCUCAUGGAUGACGUCAGCCACAAAGGAAAGCUUCUUCUUCCUGACGGACGAGAGACUCCCCUACGGCCCAAGUCAGCUUUUGAAGAGCACAGCAUUACUGUGAUUCGUCAUCCCAACGGAUCAACAAAGGGACGCUUUGUCUCGUCCAGCCACCCGACCGCUCACAGCGACAAGUCAGAUCACACCCACAGCCACACUAAUUCCUCUCUAAAUAAACAGUCUUAUAUGUUUCUACAAAGGUUUCUAGAUGAUACCGAAAACAUCGCAAACAUCAACAGCAAGCACACGAAGAUUAAUUACACACAUAAUAACAUGCGGACAAACAACUAUGACGAUAACGAACAUUCUAAAGCACUUAAGAGAAGUGAAUCUUUUCAUCAUUUGAAUCUCAGUCACUCCAGUUCUUCCGCAAAACCAGCUUGCGGACAGAAAAGAGCCAAAUCGGCCAUCAGAAGUACGGCGCCUCAGAUCACCCGCUCUCACUCCCUUCGCAGAAGUGAACGGGUCAAGAAUGAGCAGACGAUACAUCACAUUACGCGGCCUGGGGGUUCUGCCAACAUCUACAUCUCAGAGAAAGUUGGUCAGCUGGGCUCCAAAUACCACCCUUCUCUGGAGUACGCUCUGGGAGUGAACGCAGAUGACACAGCCACGCGCAAUAUGGCGGCGAACAACAGGCAUGGCGGGAGACAACAUCAGAGUUCCUCGGAUACCCUUAUUAAAUAUCGUCCACGAUCCGGUGCCAGCGACCUGAAGAAAGGAACAACCACCGGAGGCAGCGAUACAGAUUCGAGCAGUUGUGAAAAUGAGCCAGCUCUUGAUGACAGCAAACUGGAGUUGAAUCAGGCAGAUAUGCUGCAUUCUCUAUCCAGUGACCGAAAGGACGAGAUUCUAUUAGAGAUGAUUCAAAAUGGCGACAGGGUGCGUGUGAUCGUACCACAAAAACCACCACGAUAUGGAAGGAAGAAACCGAAGCCAAUCACGUACUCCGGUAUCGUCAAAUACAGAGGUCUUUUGACCAAGGAGCCUCCUGAUCCGCGAGUCUACGUGGCUCUGAGGCUUGACACGCCAAUCGGGGAUUCUGACGGGACAUACCAAGGCAAGCGCUAUGUCUUCGCCCCGGCGGACCACGUCAAGUUCUUCAAGAUUCGCAGUUUGGACUCGGUCUUUGAUGUAGCGUCUGGCACCUACGUCACCAUACCGCAACUCUUCCUCCGACAUCAACAACUACAAAUGUCUGUUCCAGACGAAAUCUCAGACGACGAAUCAAAGGGGGGAGAACUACAGGCUUGACAGCGCUCUCACUAUAAAUACUAUAAUAUGAAUGACUAUUAUCAUCUUUGAUGAAUCUGUCAUAGAUUUAUUAAACCCGUCAUUGACAUCGCUGUUUAAAUGUAUUAAGCCUAGAAAACAAAAUUUGACCAGAGAAGGAAACAACAGUUUAAUUUUUGUAACAAUUGUACUUACAAUAUCAUGUUGUUUUUUGUUUGUUUGUUUUUUUGUUUUUGUUUUUUCUUGCUUUUUUCAACAUUCAGAUUUUGAAUGUCAACAAAAUAUUUUUCAGCGCACGUAACCGAUACCACAGAUUAAUUAAGAACAUCGCAAUUUAACUUUCUUCUUCGGUGAGACCCAGCCAAGAAUUUAUGGCUUACCUUGAAAACUCCCCAAACAAUCCAGGCUGGGGCUUGGUAUAUUUUAACAGCUGGCCCACGACAUAUAAUUUAUGACUAUCAACACUUGGGCCAGAUGUGACCUUCCCUUGGACUGAGUAGUUGCUACUGAAUAAAUGUAUAAUAAUACUAUACUAUAACAUAAUAAUAUGCUCAACUGAUGGAUGAUGUACAAGUUUAUGCUUUUUAACUCACUGAAACAUUGGUUCCUAAUUUUACCUCAAUAGGUUUAUAUGAUGAAGUUUAUGUUAUGGUAUGUUAUGUCUUUUACUAUAACAUUCAACGUGUAUAUAAUAGUUUGUUUUUAAGUCAAGAGAGAAAAGACACUACAUGGAGGCCACAUGUGAGAAGCCUGCUACGCAAUACACUCUCUGCUCCUCCUAAGGCUUAGCUUUUGUCAGACCUGUUUGUAUUUUGUGAGCAAAACAAGUUUGUGAUGUAAUGUCAUUCCCCUUGUUUUGUUUUAGGGUUUGUUUGUUUGUUUGUUUGUUUGUUUGUUUGUUUGUUUGUUUUUAU